AUGGGCCAAAAAUGUCCAACAAAAGUAAGGAUCAGGUCCAACAUUGUUUAUUUCCCAUGCAUAGAGCAAUUCAAAGGAUCCACACUCUCGUUGAUGCCCCGCGCCUCAAAAGCUUCUCUCUUAACGCACCCAAAAGUAGAUGUGGAAUAUGCAAAUGGCAUCAAGUUUAGCUUGUCAGUAGAGUUUUUGCGAGUUUAUAGCCCUACUGCUGAUGGCAAGAUUCGAUCAAUCGGCGGUGAAAAAGUUAUAUCCGGGCGACGCCAUGUCGGUAUAAUGUCUGCCGAACCUGUAGGAAACUAUGGGGUAAGGUUAGUUUUCGAUGAUUUGCAUAGAACCGGGAUAUAUUCUUGGGACUACUAUAAUCUUGGGAGCAACAAGUUUACCCUCAUGAGAAAUUAUAUCAAAUCAUUGAAGCAUGGACUCAGCCGGGAUCCAUCUAAAACGAAGCCAUUGAAAGACCUCUGA